AUUAUUAUUAAUCAUCGUCAUCAAAUAACAUGUGUUGUGUCCGUGAGAAAUAGUUUUAGGGUUUUACCAAAUCCAUUUUCACACACAGAGAAGAAAGAGAGAAAUGGAGACGUCAAUCAGGUACGGUGGAGAAUCAAGCGCUCUCAGGAGAAAGAUGCCUAAUAAUAUUGAUGAGCCUCCUCCUUUGAUGGCCGCCAGAGAAUUGAGGAUACAUGCCAAACAGAAGCUCCAAUUCCAUCAUUCCAGCACUACUCUUCUUCAGCUUAAGGGAGAGGUUGAUACGCGGUCAGGAGCUCCAACUUUUCUGUGUGCCCUUUUCAGACACUUCUAUCCUCAUCUGUCGGCUAGUCUUGGAGCUGGAUUGCAUUAUGAUACAAACAACAAACUCCAAUGUAUCAUGCGUGCUAAAAAGGCUUAUCCUGUGGCAUCCACUCCCUUUGUCAACUUUGUUCUUAAGGGCCGCUGCAAUAUUGACAAGGACUUGAAUCAGCCAACGCCACAUGGAGCUCUUGAGUUGGUGUGGAACAUUCUAGAUUUUCAGAAAGAACAAGAUGUAAGGCUCAAACUUGGUUACGAGCUUGUUGACAAGAUUCCAUAUGUACAAUUAAGGGAAAACAAUUGGACAUUUAAUGCUGAUGCUAACGGAAGAUGGAAUGUGAGAUACAACCUAUGAGAUCAUGAACUUGUCAUCUUGUUUUCUAACUGGUCAGAUAUAUGUUGCAAGGAAAGAAAAAAAAAGGAGAAAAGAAAUGAUUAAUCAAUGUGUAUGUUUGUAGGUGCAGUAACUGGAACUUUUGAAUUCAGGUAGCUGGUUUAUGCCUAUUUAUAUUCAAAUUUGCGAAGCUUUGUUCA